AUGGCGCUGCUCGCCCUGCUGGUAUCGCUGCUCCUCUUUGGGGUCAGGGCGGCCAAUGAAGAACGCAACAUCCCCGACUUUUGCCGAGUUCCAAAGGUGGUGGGGAGAUGCCUGGCCUCCCUUCACAGGUGGUGGUACAAUGCCACCUGCCGGGCCUGCCAGCAGUUCGUGUAUGGAGGCUGCAGUAGGAACAGCAAUAACUACCUGACCCAGGAGAAGUGUCUGGAGAAGUGUGCUGACAGCCCAGGGAGCACCAUGGACCAUGCGGCCACCAGCAGGAACCCGGCAGAUUCCUCUGGCCCAAGUGGCCCCAGAAGGCAGGGUUUUGAUGGCCCCUCCAGCGAUCUUUUCGACUACAAAGAAUACUGCGCUGCCAGGGUGGCCACCGGGCCUUGCCAUGAAUCCUUACCACGCUGGUACUUUGAUGCCAAGAACAAGUCCUGUGAACCGUUUAUCUAUGGAGGGUGCUGGGGCAAUAGAAACAACUACCUCUCCCAGGAGGCUUGCAUGAGCCACUGCCUUGGCCAGUGGUCCCACCUGGCCCCGCCCCACAGCAUCACCAAGGACCUGGUGGAGCUGUUGCAGGUGAUCCUCCUCCUCCUGGUGUGUUAUGGGCUGCUCUACCUGGUCGUGAUGGGGUGGGUGGAGUUUGACCUCACCUUCUGCAGCUCCAAGGAUGAUGAGGACCCCCUCUUGGCGAAGAAAACCUGGAAAAGGGGUGGGCAGACGGCUGCAGAAAGCCCCUAUGCUGUUUAA